UCAUGGCGAAUCUGUCACAGAAGAAGAAGGUUGUGGCCAAUGGUAUGUUCAAGGCCGAAAUUGACGAGUUCCUUCGCCGCGAACUAGCAGAGGAUGGAUACUCAGGCGUCGAAAUCAGGAAGGCAAUGAGGAAGUUCGAGAUCAUCAUAUCAGCCACAAGAACCCAACAAGUUCUUGGAGAAAAGUCUCGCCGUAUCAGGGAAUUGACCUCAGUUGUCAGCAAAAGAUUCAACUGUGACGAUAACACAGUCGAGAUGUAUGCCGAAAAAGUAUCCGACAGAGGUCUAUGCGCUGUCGCUCAAUGUGAAUCACUCAGAUACAAGCUUGUCGGUGGUCUAGCUGUCAGACGUGCCUGUUAUGGUGUCCUUAGAUUUAUUAUUGAAAGCGGAGCCAAAGGCUGUGAAGUCGUAGUAAGUGGCAAGUUGCGUGGUCAGCGUGCUAAAUCCAUGAAAUUCGUCGAUGGAUACAUGAUUCACUCCGGAGACCCAACAAACCACUAUGUAGACACUGCUGUAAGACACGUGCUCCUCCGUCAAGGUGUGCUAGGUAUCAAAGUCAAGAUUAUGUUGCCAUUCGAUCCAACCGGCAAGAAGGGGCCAAAGAAGGCUCUACCAGACACAAUUCACGUCAUCGAACCGAAAGAAGAGAUUCUACCCACUGUUCCAUCAGCUAGCAACGACGAAGGUCAGAUAAUCGAGCCAGUCGCGUUGAACACUCUCGAGUAA